CGCUCUUCUAUGUCUUCCCAGUGACGAGCAGGAUAAUACUUGGACAUUAAAUGUCUGACAUCCGGCUUCACUCGCUCGUACCAGCAUCCAACUCUCGAAAGGCCCGCGGCUACGCCCGUCUGAGCAACACUGAUUCGGAUACCCCCAGCUCUCCUCUAUCUCCCUCCGGCUCAUCACCCUCACGCAACCAGCGAAGGGACGACAUGUCACGCACAACUGGCGGCGCGAAUAGCCCGCUAUCGUCACGGAAACCGUUUUGGAAGGGGAAGAGGAGGGAGGAGUAUGACGAUGCAGAGGCAGAAGAGGAGGCGACGUUGCUCGGAGGAGGCGAGCAGGAUGGCGCGUAUCCGAACGAGGAGCAAGACCAUGGGCCUUCAGACGCGGCUUCACAGCGGUCAACGAUUUCGCGGAAGAGCAAGUCUUCAACGAAAGACAAGUCCCGUACCAUUCCUCUCCGUCCACCAGAUAGUUUCCAAAAACGAUAUCCACCAAACAUUGUGCGGAAUCAGAAGUACAAUGUCCUCACCUUCCUCCCUAUCGUCUUCUAUGAGCAGUUCAAGUUCUUUUUCAAUCUUUAUUUUCUCCUCGUCGCCCUCUCGCAGUUUAUACCCGCUUUGAAGAUUGGCUUUAUUGCAACAUACAUCGCACCACUCGCCUUCGUUCUUCUCGUCACAAUGGGCAAAGAAGCUUACGACGACUAUAAACGCAAUCUCCGUGACCGUGAAGCCAACUCUCAACGCUACCUCGUUCUCGACCCUUCUCCUUCCGCCACAUCCACCCCCCACCGGAAAUCCACAUCGCGUUCGCCUUCCCAUCAUCACCGAACUGCUUCUCAUCCCGACGAUGACGAGGACCUAGAGUCAGGCCGGCUCAAUUCUCAUGAUGAUCUACCACACAUGUAUACACGCUCGGUUCCCUCGUCGUCGUUACGUGUCGGAGACUUGGUAAUGCUAGAGAAGAACCAGAGGGUGCCGGCAGAUUUGGUGUUGUUGAGGACGUCGGAUGCUUCAGGGACGUGUUUCAUAAGGACGGAUCAGCUAGAUGGAGAGACAGAUUGGAAGUUGAGAGUUGCGGUGCCGGCGACACAGAAACUACCUAGUGAGGCGGAACUGGGCGGGUUGGAUGCUGAGAUCUAUGCCGACGCUCCCAUCAAGGACAUUCACACCUUCAUCGGCACUUUCACGAUCAACUCUCCUCCCUCCAACUCUGCGAAUGAGGUCCCCAUGGUCCAAGUACCCACCGUCGAGCCCCUGUCCGCCGAGAACGUGUUAUGGUCAAAUACAGUUUUGGCAGCGGGUAGUGCGGUAGGAUUGGUCGUCUAUACCGGACUGGAAACGCGAGCGGUGAUGAACACGAGUCACCCGAAGACGAAGGUGGGGUUGUUGGAUGAGGAAAUCAAUCGACUUGCGAAGAUCUUGUGUGCUGUGACGUUCGCGCUUUCGGUGCUCCUUGUGGCGUUGAAUGGCUUCCGAGGCUCGUGGUAUAUCUACGUCUUCCGAUUCCUCAUUCUCUUUUCGUCUAUCAUCCCUAUCAGUCUGCGAGUCAAUCUCGACAUGGGUAAAACCGUCUACGCGCACCAGAUCAUGAACGACAGCGAAAUUCCAGGUACGAUCGUCCGAACCAGUACGCUUCCUGAAGAACUUGGACGGAUAGAGUACCUCUUAAGUGACAAGACCGGGACGUUGACACAGAAUGAAAUGGAGAUGAAGAAACUGCAUAUGGGAACGAUGAGUUUCGGGUUCGAUUCAAUGGAUGAAGUGGCACACCAGCUCGCGACCGCGUUCAGUGGACCCGGCGAUCACUCCCACCUUCGCCAUGGUUCCAGCACCGGCGCCCAACUCGCCACCCGCGGUCGCCGUGAUAUGUCCUCUCGUGUCCGGGAUGUCGUUCUCUCCCUCGCCCUCUGCCACAACGUCACACCCGUUACGAAUGACGACGGAUCCAUAACCUACCAGGCGUCCUCGCCAGACGAAGUUGCUAUCGUCAAAUGGACCGAAUCCGUCGGACUCACGCUCACGUUCCGAGAUCGCACGCGCAUCGAGCUCAAGACACCGGCCGGACAGACCAUCGCGUUCGAGGUCCUCGAGCUCUUCCCGUUCACGUCGGAGUCGAAGAGGAUGGGGAUUGUGGUGAGGGAUAUGCAGACGCAGGAGAUCACGUUUUUGCAGAAGGGGGCGGACGUGGUGAUGGCGAAGAUCGUGCAGAGGAACGAUUGGUUGGAUGAGGAGACGGCGAAUAUGGCAAGGGAGGGUCUGCGCACGCUCGUCAUGGCGCGGCGUAAGAUGUCGGAAGCGAGCUAUGCGGACUUUAAGCGUCGGUAUCAGGAGGCUAGCGUGAGAUUGGAAGGGAGAAACGAGGCGAUGAACGCGGUUGUGGCGGAUGGGUUGGAGAGGGAGCUGGAGUUGCUCGGGUUGACGGGUGUGGAGGAUAAGUUGCAGGAGGAUGUGAGAUCGACGUUGGAGAUCCUGAGGAAUGCAGGGGUGAAGAUUUGGAUGUUGACAGGGGACAAGAUCGAGACGGCAACUGUGAUUGCUAUCUCGACGAAGCUGGUGGCGAGGAAUCAGUAUAUUCAUCAGGUAGCGAAGCUGAAGACAUCUGACCAAAUUCGGGACGAGUUGGACUUCCUGCAGAAUAAACUGGAUUGCUGUCUUGUUAUUGACGGAGAAUCACUGCAGCUUUGCCUCAAUCUGUUCAAGAAUGAGUUUAUCGAGAUUACCACGAAACUGUCUGCUGUCGUCGCUUGUCGCUGUUCGCCCACCCAGAAGGCAGAUGUGGCUCGUCUCAUCCGUAGCUAUACCAAGAAACGUGUGUGCUGUAUAGGAGAUGGUGGUAACGAUGUGUCCAUGAUUCAAGCGGCGGACGUCGGCGUCGGCAUUGUCGGUAAAGAAGGCAGACAAGCCUCGCUCGCAGCUGACUUCUCUGUCAACCAAUUCAGCCACCUGACCAAGCUUCUCCUCUGGCACGGUCGCAACUCCUACCGUCGAUCCGCAAAACUGGCACAGUUCGUCAUCCACCGUGGUCUCAUCAUCUCCGUUAUGCAGGCCGUGUUCUCUUCCAUCUUCUAUUUUGCACCGAUUGCGCUGUAUCAAGGGUGGUUGAUGGUUGGAUAUGCGACGCUUUAUACGAUGGCGCCGGUUUUCUCGUUGGUAUUGGAUAGAGAUGUGAAUGAGGAUUUGGCGUUGUUGUAUCCUGAAUUGUAUAAAGAACUUACCAAGGGACGAGCACUGUCGUACAAGACAUUCUUCAUGUGGCUCAUGAUUAGCGUUUACCAAGGGGCUGCAAUCAUGAUUAUCUCGCUUGUGCUCUUCGAGACCGAGUUCUUGAACAUCGUCGCCAUCUCGUUCACCGCACUGAUUCUCAACGAACUCAUCAUGGUCGCUCUGGAAGUUACGAUCUGGCAUGUCUACAUGAUCGUAUCCGAGAUUGUCACGCUCCUCAUCUACGCCGUCAGCAUGUUCUUCCUUCAAGAGUACUUUGACCUAAGCUUCGUGAUGUCCGUCAGGUUUGCGUGGAAGGUUGCAGUGAUUGUGGCGAUCAGCGCUCUGCCUCUGUGGAUCAUCAAAGUCAUCAAGAGUAGAGUCGCUCCCGCUGCGUCAAGCAAGCUGCUAUAAUACGAUACAUACUCACCACUAGACUUCUACGACGUUUUCUGGAACGAUUGUGGGACCGCACUUACCUAUGGACCCAACCUUCGCGGACCCUGAUGGACCGAUAAAUUAUGCCUGUAAUUUCUUCGUCUCAUAUUUUUCUCGGGGCCUCUGCUCUCUCAGACUCCCACCUUUCCUCUUUCCUUUCGCGUACACUAUGGAAUAUACUGCUUCUUCUCG